CCUUGGCCUCUCACCACCACCACCGCCUCCCCCUGCACCCUCCCCCUGUCUGUUGAUAUCACAGCCCGGAGAGGUUUGAAUCCAGUCGGCCGCCAUGCUGAGCUGAGAGAGAGCGACAAACCAAACUUUGUCACGCUGCUGCACCGACGCUCAUCUCCGUACACACCGGGACAAAGAGGAAAACUUCCCCACGACUGUGGUGUUGUGACAUUUGCCCUGGGCCUCUCCCUCAACCAUUUCCAACUGUGUGAAGAAAAGUGAAAAGAAGUUUUAAUGAAUCAGUAUUCACUAGCCGACGCCAUGACAGACAAAGGAAACUUCACAGUUCCGAAGUUUUCAGAGUCUAAUAUGGGAUUUGGCGUGCUGGGAGUGUUUCUGGGGCUGCUCCUAGAGGUCUCCACCCAUGGACCCCACGCUGUGCCUCGAACCUCCUGGAGACACCAAGAUUUAGAUCUGAUGGAGUUUUCGGAGCCUGAGAUCUUCAACUACACCACGUUGCUGCUGAGCGAGAAGAAGGAUGCACUGUACGUAGGAGCUAGGGAGGCUAUCUUUGAGCUCAGCAAGAAGAAUGUGACAGUCAGAAACAACAAGGUUCAGUGGACAGUUGCAGAAAACCCCAUGAUGAUGUGCACGCUUAAAGGAAAAUCAAAAGAGAGGGAUUGUCUAAACUACAUUCGAGUGCUCCAAGUCGUAGAUGAUGAGCGGCUGUAUGUCUGCGGCACACACGCCUUUCAACCUCAGUGUGACUACUUGAACCUCGCUGACUUUUCGUUGGACGGUCGACCUGAGGAUGGCAGGGGAAAGUGCUCCUUUGACCCCUCACAAAGCUUUACUACUGUCAUGGUUGAUGGAGCGCUGUACUCUGGGACAGCUUAUAACUUCUUAGGCAGUGAACCGAUUAUUUCCAGAUACUCUCCAUCCCAGUCCCUGCUGAGGACAGAGUACUCCACAUCAUGGCUCAAUGAGCCCAGUUUUGUUUUUGCCGACGUGAUAAAGGGAGAAGGGAGAAACAGAGUAGAGGGUGAGGAUGAUAAAAUCUACUACUUCUUCACUGAGGUGUCAGUGGAGUACGAAUUCUUUGGCAAGCUGCUCAUCCCCAGGGUGGCACGCGUCUGUAAGGGUGACCUCGGGGGGCAGCGCACUCUGCAGAAGAAAUGGACGUCCUUCCUGAAAGCCAAGCUGGUGUGCUCGAUGCCUGAGCUCAACUUUGUCUUCAACGUAGUACAUGAUGUCUUCAUCCUGAAGGGGGCAGACUGGAGGGACACAGUCAUCUACGGGGUCUUCACCUCUCAGUGGGGUAAUGUGGGUUUGUCAGCAGUGUGCGCUUACAACAUGACAGCUGUGGAAGAGGUCUUCUCCAAGGGCAAGUACAUGCAGAAGGCCACAGUGGAGCAGUCCCACACCAAGUGGGUCCGGUACAACGGCAUCACUCCCUCUCCACGUCCUGGAGCAUGUAUUAACAACCUGAUGCGACGGCAGAACAUUAGCAGCUCUCUCCACCUGCCAGACAAGACCCUUCAGUUCGUUAAGGACCACCCCCUGCUGGAGGAUCCUGUCCUGCCCAUUGGCAACGGGCCUCGCCUCAUCACCAAAGAUGUCAACUACACUCAGAUUGUUGUGGAGAGGGUCCGUGCGCUCGAUAGGAACAUUUAUGAUGUCAUCUUCACUGGAACAGAUAAGGGAGUCCUGCACAAGUCAGUGGUGUUUGAAGGUGAAGUCCAUAUUGUGGAGGAGAUCCAGCUCCUGAAGAACUCUGAGUCCAUCAAGAACCUACUGCUGUCCUCUGAGACACGAUCCCUAUAUGCCGGUUCAGACUCGGGUGUAGUCCAGUCACCCACAGCCUUCUGUGGCAGGUAUCUGUCCUGCGAUGACUGUGUCCUAGCUCGAGACCCAUACUGCGCCUGGGACCCUCACAAUGCUGCCUGUGUCAAUAUCUUUGAGGCUCCCAGCCAACGGCUUAGGAGGCUAAUCCAGAGCCUGAAUGGUGAUGCAGACAAAUGUCCUUCAGUGUCAGGUCGGUCUCUGAAGGACUACCAGAGUGUGACAGUGAAGCUGGGGAGCUCUGCUGAGCUGCCAUGCCUGGUAAAGUCCAACCUAGCCCAGGUGAUGUGGAUAUCCAACGGCUCGGCUCUCACUGAGGCCUCUCGCUUCCACCUCAUAGGCGAAAAUGGUCUCCUUAUUUACAGCGUGGCUCCGGAGGAUCAAGGUCAUUACGAGUGCUGGUCAGUGGAAUGGGCCCCCUCUGCUGGGAAGAACUUCAGCCGCCUCCUGGCUGCUUAUGUCCUGACUCUGGAUCUCCCGCCCAGAAUCCCACACCAGGCAGGCCACAUGACCACCACCCUCGGCAGCCAGGAGACAUCUAGCACACAUGCAGCUGAAGGUAAUGGUAAGACAGACAGAGCCCCACUAACUUCAGCCCUUGCCCCUCCCAGCUUCACAGCCACAGUCCAAUUCACCUCCCCACCCCAAACUGACUCAUCACUAACCCCGCCCAGCAGCACAAUCAAGUUCCAGCCAAAUCUUCCCCCUAGCUCCAACACUCCCCGCCCAGACAGCCAGGACCCAGCGGCCGAGUAUUUGCAGCACAACAGCAGCACCGCCCUCCUCUUCCUCUUCCUCCUGUUUUUCCUCCUCUUCCUGGCUGCAUUAGCGUACAACUGCUACAUGCAGUAUCUUCCGGCUCCCUGCCUGCGGCUGCGAGCUACUCUGUUGGGUAGUCACAAGAGUGCCCAUCAGCCUGAGUACCGGGCCUGUGAAGCAGGUCUAAUGGAAGUAUCUGCAACUGACAAAAUUAACAUGACGGAGCAACCGACGCAGAAUGGCAGCCAAGCCACUCAAAACCUCCGGGCGCUCCGUGACACUGGGUAUGAGACUGAGCCGGAGUGUGGCAAUGGUCAGAUCCCCUCUCACUGUUCUGGAGAAGACAGCCUGUCCCAGGAGAAACCCUUUGAUGUGGACUGCGUAUCUCAGCCCAUCCAGUUUGCAGAUGCAGAUUAACCUUACUGCUAGCCAGAAGCCUCUGUCCUGCUUUUUUUCCUCUUAGCAUAGAGACUAUUUUAUAGGGGGGUCAUGCUCUUGCUGCAUCUUCUCACGACUUAAAAGUCUUAAGUGGUUUCCUCUAUAUGAAAGUAUGUUUAGUUUACAGCAUCACAUGAAGUUGAAUCAUUACAAGGCUUAAGUCAGGCGUUUCUCUUGCCUGUAGAGAUUUACCUCCUGCUGUCUGAUUUAGGGCUUAUAAUGACAAAGAAAAAACUGUAUUCACGGAAGCUGCACCCUCUCAGCUUGGUCCAGCAAGAAAAGCUAUUUUCUUAAAUUCCAAAUUGGAAACAUUAUUUACCAAAUUGGUAAGUUAUCUAGAUGUUUUCCAAAUUGGAGUCUUUUUUUGUGUGUUUUUUUUUGUACAGUCUGGGUGAAAAAUAAUCUCUUGAAGCUUUUGCAUUUUUUUCCGAAGCAAUGUGUAGGCUACUGGACUUGGGUAAUGCUUCAACAUUACAGUAAUUUCUCAGGGAAGAUUUGCUCAGUACAUUAUAGCUUGGCUUUGUUGUACAGUGUUGCCAUCUGCAGCACCUGGUAUGUGGGCCUUAAUCUCACCCAGUGAGGUGGCAGUCUACGGUUUGAAGGUCAGAAAGAGAGUGACGACUUGCAUAUUAGAAAAAUGUUGGAAUAAAUCAAACCACUGUCUUGUGAAAAGUAGAGUUGUCUUGAGUGAUAGUGUCGAAUUUCUCUAUUUUAUUUUUUUUUCUCCCUGUGAAGUCGACGUUCCUGCAUGGAUACAACUCUGAUGGUCUUGUGUAUUAACCUUUACUAGUGAUCUUCCCUUAUGUGCUCUGUUAAUGACAUAAAUAUGUUUAGUAUGACAUGACGUCACUUGUUCUUUUUCUAAAAGAGCCGUGGAAACAAUCUGAAGUAAUUUUUUUUUUUUAAUUAAGCCUUCAGUUUUAAAACAUUUUCAGAGAAUUAUUAUUUAAGAUGAGUCACAUCUGUGGUAAUACCAUUUUGUCUAUUGUCUAAGUAGUUGUGAUCUUCCUCAUUUUAUUUAUUGCAGCGUUUUUAGAUCCUAGCCCUCAUUCAUUAGUUUCCCUUUUGUCUGUUUUGCAUGUCAUCCCUUGUUUAGAUUUCCUAUUUUCUUCAAUAUUCUCUCUUUUUCCAUCACUCCCUCCCUCACAGCCUCCUCUCCUGUCGAAACAUCAUCUUCCCUGUCCUCCUCUGGAAGUAGCACUCCCUCUGCCCUCCCUUCCCCUCCUCCCUCCUCCUCCUCCUCCUCCUCCUCCUCCUCCUCCUCCUCCUCCUCCUCCUCCUCCUCCUCCUCCAAGCCCCACAGUGUGGAGGCCCAGGAGGCAGAGGUUAGACUGUUGCCUCCCCUGCUGAAGGACCAGGCCUGGGGGGUUCAUGCCCAGGAGGCCUUCCUGCUCUUCUGCCUGGCCUUGGGUGAGUGGUGCCUGUGACAUUGACUCAGCUCACACCCCGAACCCAACCCUUUCCUCUUGCUCGGUUUGGAAAUCUAUUCCUCACUUUUUAACCCUCCUUUUUCUCUGUGCCAUUAUUUCUCACUCACUCUCUUUCUCUUUCUUCUCUACACCUUGCAUGUUACCCUUUCCCAAACAUAAACUUGGAGUUGGGGUGUGUGUGUGUGUGUGUGUGUUACUGGAUUUGUUUAAAACAAGCUUGCCCUUUGCUUUAAGGUGCCUGUUCAUCACUUUUAGGUGUCUGGUAAGAUACCUAUAUAAUGAGUGAAUGUUUUAAAAAGACAAAGCUGGGAUUCGAUAUUAAAUUCUGUGACGUGAUUCUCAAUUCUAAUGAAAGGUACAGUUGUAUGUAUAUUGUUGUGUAACUGUAGUCUGACGUGACACAUGUAAAAUUAGAAGUGGAUCCUUUUCAUCCAGGGUGUUGAGAAUCUCUCCUCAGAACAAAUUAUAGUAUGCUCAAAUGUCUUACAUCUCAAUACUUUAUCUGGAUCAUUUUUUGUGCCUGUAAACAAGUGUAAAUAUAUUUGUAUAUAUGGAAAAAUACCUUUGAAGAUGUACAUAAAUCUAGGGGACAUUUUGGGACUAUUGCUCUUGGUAGGGAGGCUAAAUAAAUCUUGUCAAAUGUU